GCAGCUACACCGCCUGCGUCCAUGAUGUGGCAGUUGGGCACUUUGAUGUUUGCAUCGCUGAUCUUUGGCUCACGGCUGAGCGAAAUCGCUUGGCUUACUUCCUGCCUCCUAUCAGGCAGGACCUGUUCUACCUGGUCGUGCCCAGAAAAGUUGAGGAGGUGACUUUUGCGUCCUAUCUGGAGAGGCCCUUCCUGCCUUUCACUAUAGAUGCCUGGCUCGGGGUCUUCGCCUUUCUUUGCGGCUUGUCCAUUGUUCUGUGGAUUGUGGAGAUCUGCGACAUGCCCUCAGAGGAAAG